AGCCACGGAUCGCCCCUGAGAGCGCGACGGUUCGCGGUUCGGCGGCCGCCCAUGGCGGCCUCUGUGGACGACUGGCUCGAGGCCUAUGUCACACAGUAUGAGCACUUCCCGCAGACACCGGAGCAGCUUUGUGCUUACGCCAAGAACCACGGGCAUCACUUGCGCUACGCCGCGGCGCGGCGUGCCUGGGCCUCCCGCAGAGCGGGGGCGACCGGGGUCGGAGCGGCGCGGCCCAGCGGUGCCGCGGCGGGUGCCGCGGCGAGGCCGACCAGCGGCCCAUCGCGCAUCCUCCAGGUCGACGAACAGAGGGCCGAACAGAGGGCUGCACCGUCGCGGACCGAGCGCCCCUGGCUGGAUGCGUAUGUGGAGCACUACGGGCACGCCCCGUCCAACGCGCAACAUUUGGUGGCCUUUGUUCACCACCGGGGCGGGGAGAUGUCCUACACCAGCGCGUUGCAGGCGAUGGGCCUAUCGCUGCCCAGAAACCCCACGCCCUGGCAGGAUACCUUGGCGAUCAAUCGGCACUAUCGGCGGCUCACCAGGAUGAUUUUCACGACCUUGGUCCUCGAGGAGGAUCCUCCAGGGGUCAACCACUUGCGGGGACAACUGGGAGGAUCCGCCAGUGGUUUGGCCGCCGGUUUGCCGAUGCAAGUGACCAUGGAUUUGACCAAACGGUUGAUGGAGCUUGCCACCCCCAUUGAGGCAUCAGAGAGCUUUUUGUGUACCAUUUGUUUGAAUGGGAAGACGGAAGAGGAUGCCCAAGUUGCUUGGGUCCAAUUGGCCUGUGGCCACCCCUUGCAUCGCAGCUGCUAUCGUCAGCUCAUUCAUCACAACUUGUUUCGUUGCCGUUGCCCGCUGUGCAGAUUUGACUUCUUGCAACUUUUAUUGCAGGAAACCUAGGUGUGAAUUCAAAGCCCUGUGACAAAGCAGGGCGGCUCUCAAUGAACGGGAACAACCCUUUGGAACCAAAGAACGCCAGCG